AUGGUGGUUCGACUCGAACGAGUGGAUAACCCACAGAUGAGAAACUUAUCUUUUUCUAAAUCAAACAAUGAUGGAAGUAAUCCUUCUCCUAGCUACCCUAUUACGCAUCAUGAAAAAUCGAACAUAGAUAACUAUUAUACAUACAAUGAUAAUGGGAAAGGACAAAAACAAUUUUAUAGCCUUACAAAUUACAACAAUGAACACGAUAUUAGAAAUAACAGCUUGACAGCAAUAGGUACUACUCCCUCAUAUAGCAAUACAAAUGAUAGUAGAAAAAGAAAAUUUUGUAAUUACCAAAAUGUAUGUUAUAAUCAAAACAUAGGGAAUAGUAGAGACAACUAUCAGUUAAAGGACUGCAUAUUCAAGGAUUUGAAAAAACCAGGAAACUGUUACCUUGACCCCUUUCGCUCAAAUUGUCAAUCGUUAGGUGGAUAUCCUGUGCAUAGAAAUGAAACGUUAGUACUGGCAAAUGUCCAAAGGGAAAUUGCUACCACGAACAAUAGCACUAAUUGUAGAGGUGGUACGGCACAGUAUGGUAAGAACGUAGUUGCGUAUAACUACAGCCGGAAUGGUGGGGGGGGCGGUCAGUACCCCUACGCCUCGUUCAGAAAGAAGAGGAAACUGCCAACACAAGGCGAAAGUCAAGUUUAUCAUAAAAUUAAUGAAAGCAGUGUUGUUUGCACAUUCCCCAAUGAAUUGUGCUGUACCAAUGGUACAAAUAACAAUACUGCAGUUGUAAAUGAAUACAGUUCGAACGCUGAAAAAAAGUACAACCAAUGUAGUAAUGGAGCCUCUAUUCAUGCAAAAUGGAAGCGCAGUAGUGACAACACGGGGGUACGGAUGCAUACCAAGGUAAAAGAAUACUCAACAGAGUUACAAGCUGAUAAUGGUUUUACAAAAGAAGAUGAGAUUACUAAGGGCGAAAGUGAAGGAGGGAAACUCGCGCAUUUAUCAUCAUACAGUGCGCAUAGUACGCACAAUACGAGUAGUACACAUAAUAGGCAUAGUACACACAAUACGAGUAGUACAAAUAAUAGGUAUAGUACACACAAUACGAGUAGUACAAAUAAUAGGCAUAGUACACACAAUACGAGUAGUACACAUAAUAAUAACGACAAUAAUGUAAAUGUAUCCUCAGAAAAAAGAAAAAAGAAAAAAGGUAAUAAUGACGUUCAGAGAAAGUACAACAUAUUAAGAGAAGCGUAUGAAUACUUUGCAAGUCGAAACGUGCAAAAUGAGAGGGAAGUGAACAGCUCAGAUGAGGAGGAAGAUACAACACCAGAAGACAAUGUUGCAAAAGAUAAAGACAUAACCACUAAAGAUGAAGACAUAACUACUAAAGAUGAAGGCAUAACUACUAAAGAUGAAGGCAUAACUACUAAAGAUGAAGGCAUAACUACUAAAGAUGAAGGCAUAACUACUAAAGAUGAAGGCAUAACUACUAAAGAUGAAGGCAUAACUACUAAAGAUGAAGGCAUAACUACUAAAGAUGAAGGCAUAACUACUAAAGAUGAAGGCAUAACUACUAAAGAUGAAGGCAUAACUACUAAAGAUGAAGAUUUAACUACUAAUAAUGAAGACAGUCAUUAUAGUAAAAACAUCUGUAAUGUGUGUAAAGAAAAAACGUACAAGUAUAGAUGCCCCUUUUGUGAAAUAAAGUAUUGCUCUUUAAUUUGUUCAAAAACUCAUAAAAGUAUAUUUAAAUGCAAAAAUAAAUUAAAAAAAAAUUUUAAAUUAAAGAAUGUUGGAAGAUUAAAUUUUGAUGAGAACUUGUUACAUAGAGACUUUUUAUACUUACAAAAUGUGGAAAGGAUUAUAGAAGGUAAUUAUAAAUUCAUUAAAAUAAAAGAAUAUGAAACGACCAAAUUAUGGCUAGUUGUUUAUAAAAAAUUAAAAAAUAUUUUAAAAAAAAAAAAAAUUUAUUUAUUAAAAGCACCUAUAUAUACAAAAUUACACAAAGAUAACAAGACUUAUAUUUCGAAUAAUGAAAUAUUCUGGAUGAUCAAAAUAACCUUUAUAAAUGCAAAUGUAUUUAUAUUUCUUGAUGAUAUUUCGGAGCAUACUACUUUUAUGCAAGUACUUAACAUGGCAUGCAAGAAAAUGGACACGUUAGAAGCUAAGAUAGGUAUUACUUAUAUUAAAAAUAUGGACGCAAUACGAGUUUCUUUGCAUAACAACGUACGUACGAUGGGAAAAGGAGGAGCAAAACAAGAGGGAAGAGCGGAAGAAGGAGGAAUGGAAGAGAGAGGAGAGGAAGAGGGAGGAAUGGAAGAGAGAGGAGAGGAAGAGGGAGGAAUGGAAGAGAGAGGAGAGGAAGAGGGAGAGAAUGAAAAAAAAAGCACCUUCUUUUCAAUCCACCAUACUAUCAACAAUGCCUUGUUCGGUCAGUCUUUCUAUGAGUACCCACAUUUCCUUUUUGAAGUUGUUCAUGAAGACAACGUACCGGUUCUAAAUCUUUCCUAUGAUAUCAUACCCCAGAAGGAGGUAAUAAUCAGACGGACGGAUUAG